UUUGGGCUUCCUGUGUACCUUGGACCGAGGAUGAUUUCGGACUGGUAUCCAAAAAAAACAAGAUGGCUCCGCCUACGAAAGGAAAACAAGCCACAAAAGGACAAAAACAAAUCAAAGAAGAGAAUGAUAAAACAGUUGACUUCUAUUCCAAAUUGAUGAUUAGUAUCCAUGUCACCCAUUUAGUGUUCAGAUUCUCAUUUUUCGCCUUCUCCGUUUCCUGGUUAACAUGGUUGGUUUUUAUAUUGACAUCCCUUCUGUACCUGGGCUGUUACAAGUUCAUGCAUUACUUGGCUCGUGAAGGCAUGGACCUUAACGCAGAUUCUGGAACCUCAGAGCAUAUUAAAGAUUUAAUAUUACUGACAGUGAUAGUCCAAGGACUGGCCAUUUUUACAGACUAUUUCUGGUUCUUCUGGUUACUGGCUCCUCUUCGGGCCGUUUACAUACUUUGGGUCAACAUACUUGGGCCUUGGAUCUUUGCUGAGCCUCCAGAAUCUGACAUGGACCCCAAGAAGCAAAGAAAAAUGGAAAGAAAAAUGAAACGAGCUGGGAUGAUGUAAAAAAAUGUUUUAUUCUCAAAUGCGGUGAUCUCUUCUCACGCUCUACGCUCUUGAUCCCAGAAGAUGCAAGUUCACAUUAUUCAUGAUGUAUAUUUACAUUAAACAUCUCAUCAAUAAAAUAUUGACAAUCAAA